ACCCAGUAGCCAGAGAAGAGGAGGUUGGGGGGGUGAGGGGAUCUGCCUAGCCUGUGUGUUUAUUGCAGCUCCUGCUUGUAUUUAUGCAGAAAGGGGGGAGGGAGGGCAAAGAAAGAAAGAAGACUAAAGGCAUGAAAAAAGGAAAGAGGGAGGGGAUUCCAAGACAGAAAAUAACUGAUUUUUUCCCUUCUAUCCCAGGCUCCUACCCCUGCUCACACACCCUGCACACUGCUGCUGCAUGUCCCACUCUGUAUUGUAUUGGGCUGCAGCAUUGGGGGGACCUUUGUGCUUCUUGUAGGCCCCUCUCUCUCCUGCUGCUGCUGCUGCUGCUGCAUGGGGAAAGGGGGAGGGGACUGCAGCAAUCCAGGCAGGGGGCUCUAGGAAAGCCUGGGGAUUUCACAGGCCUAACACUGAACCAAAGGGAGACAGAAAGGACACACUCCAUGGAUCUGCACUGAAGGAGGAGAAAUCCCAAGAGGAACCCAGCCUGGAAGGAUCUCCUUGGCUAGCACCUGGGCUGCUCACUUUCUUUUUUUUUUUUUUUUGCACAAAACACCAAAAUAGAGGAUUUUUUUGUUUUUGUUUUCCACCUUUACCCCAUUUCUUCUCCCCCCCCCCCCUUUUUUUUUUUUAAUUCUCAGUUUUAUGAUGACCUAAAACAAAAGCCUUUUUGUUUAGCGCUUUCAUUUUAUGUAUAGCUGGAGCAGCCCUACUCAGGAUUAUAUUAUUUUACUGAACGAGGAUAAAGGGAAAAAAAAAAACAAAAAACGCCUGUUGGAAGAUUGGGGAGGAUCAAGAGAAAAAACCCUUAGGAUUUUAUCUUAUUUUAUUAUUUUUAUGCUGGAACCAGGAUCUAUCCACCUUUUUGGUUGAAAGAAUAAGGAACCGUAUAUAAAUAUAUAUUUUUAAUUUCUUUUAGUAAUUAUUAUUGGGGGAGAAAAAGCCAGUUUGUUAGGCUGAAGGAGGUGAGACCAUGAGAGUUGUGCAGUGCAACAUGGGGCUGUGCGUCCCUUUAACAUUUAAAAUGGGCAUUUCAGUGCUUUGAAAUCCUAUCUAUUCUCCUUGCUUCCCUCCUCCUAUUAUCCUGCUUUUUUUUUUUAUUUGCCCCCGAGUUAAAACCUCUGGAAUUUUCGGAAUAUUCUGCUACCAUGAGCAUCAGUUCUGCACAGACAUCCGUAGACCGGUCCACUUCUAAACGCCAUCCUCAUUUGCCAAGCCCUCUUGGUACCUGGUUGAGUAGCCUGUCAUCGGCUAGUGACGGAGCGGCUGAACGAAGGUCUCCUGGGCACCAGCGUCAGCCUUGUGAGAGUAACGAGUCUACAGGCUUGGUCCAGCGCUGUGUCAUUGUACAAAGGGACCAGAAUGGAUUUGGUUUCACGGUCAGCGGGGAUCGAAUCGUUCUGGUUCAGUCCGUACGUCCAGGUGGGGCAGCAAUGCGAGCUGGGGUGCAGGAGGGAGACCGUAUUGUGAAGGUCAACGGCACGCUGGUGGCGAACAGCUCACACAUCGAAGUUGUCAAGCUGAUCAAAUCCGGCGCUUAUGUUGCUCUCACUCUCCUGGGUUCUCCGCCUCCAUCCAUGGGCAUAUCUGGGUAUCCGCAAGACCUGAGCACCUCUGUGUCACCUCGUAACAUAUCAGUGUUGCCAAUGCCACCUCCUCCGCCUCCACCUUUGCCCCAGAUGCAUCACAUCACAGGACCUAAACCGCUACAGGACCCCGAUUUCCAAAAGCACGCCACGGAAAUCCUUUGGAACAUGUUAAAGCAGGAGGAAGCGGAUCUACAGAAUCUGUGUGAUGUGUAUAACAAAAGCCCUAACUCCAGCCUGCAGGAGCAGAUAGAGAGGGCCAGGAAAAGGGUGCAUCAGCUUCAGCAUAAGAUAAGGCAAGAAAUCCCUGGUACUGGGGAUUUGUUGCGCUCAUACAGUGACUGCAGCUCUUUGGGGUACAAAGUCAAAGAAGGUCGCUUGUCUGUUGAUUCCCAGGAUGGAGACAGCGGUCUGGAUUCCGGAACUGAACGGAUAUCAUCGUUGAGUGAGUAUUCCAUGAAUCGGAAUUCUGUCCUGUCGGACCUCGGAAUGGACAGCUCCCACACCUCUCCAAUCAUCCCUACUAAACUGUUUCACCACCACUAUCACCACCACCAUCAUCGGCGGCAGGGCUCAGACACUGCCUUUAUUGCCACAUCUGAGCAGGUAUCAGAUCCCAUGAAGUCUACAAUAAUCUGCCCAGAAGAGGACUACGACCAUGGAUAUUACAUGACAGAGCAGUUAGAUGGUCUCUUCCAAGACCUGGAAAGGUUAAAGACCCGGCCGGCCCAUAUGGGGGUGUUUCUGCGUUAUAUCUUCUCCCAGGCCGAUCCAAACCCGCUGCUCUUCUACCUGUGUGCUGAGGCCUGUCAGCAUUUGAGCCCAACAGAUGCCUUCCCGUUGAGGAAAGAAGUCUGGAACAUUUUCCUUGACAAAUCUGCACCACUGAGGAUUAAAAUCCCUGAACAGCUACUGAAUGAAAUUGAAUCCCGUUUACGUAACUCGGAAGAUAUCCGCGACAAGUUUAGUGAAGCCCAGGGGGCAAUGCUGCCAGAGAUACAGGAGCAGAUACAGGAUUACAGGACAAAGAGGACCAUGGGUUUAGGCAGUCUGUAUGGGGAGAAUGACCUGUUGGACCUUGAGAUUGACCCUCACAGAGAACGGCAGGUUGCUGCUAAGCAGAUUGCACAGCUGGAGGACAUCCUAUCAAAGUAUGAGAAAGAGAUCAGCUCUCCCAUGGCCUUUGCCUUGAACAUGUACGUAAAGUACGCCGGCAUCCACACUCAAGAUAUCCGUCCUGCCAGCACCUCCGAAAAAUCCCAAAGCAUCCCCGAUAGGGAGAAGUGGCUCCCAUUCUUUCCUAAGAACAAGAAGAGCAGCAAUGCAAAAAAGGAGGACAAGUCGGCCGAGGACAAGAAGCGCAACCCCAUCCUUAAGUAUAUUAACAAGCCUAAGAGCACGUCUCAGAGCACAUUUCAUGUUCCUUUGUCCCCUGGUGAAGUAAAGCCCGGGAACGUGAGAAACAUUAUCCAGCACUUUGAAAACAACCAACAGUAUGAUGUUCCGGAACAUAACCUACAGCGGCUCUCAACCGGGAGCUUCCCCGAAGACCUACUGGACUCUGAUGGGACCAGGUUGGAGGUGAAACUGGGCCGUUCAGAAAGCCUGAAGGGAAGGGAAGAGCUGAAAAAGUCUCGCAAAGUGGACAAUGUGCCUCGAUCACGCAGUGACGUGGAUAUGGACGCGGCCGCUGAGGCCACACGGCUACACCAGUCGGCUUCAUCCUCUGCAUCCAGCCUGUCCGCAAGGUCCCUGGAUAACCCCACCCCACCCUAUACUCCCAAGUUAUGUCGAAGGAGCAUCGAGUCGCCCAAUUUGGGGUUCACCGGAGAACUGCUGCUCUCCAACCUGCAGGAAGACGACCUGGGCCACCUCUCCGACCUUGAUCCUGAGCCCGAUGCCCAAAACUGGCAGCAUACGGUGGGGCGGGAUGUGGCGUUGCAUCUGCUGCCUAAAGAGAGGGCGCGGCAAGAGGUGAUACACGAGCUGUUUGUAACAGAAGCCUCCCACCUCCGGGUUUUACGAGUGCUGGAUCUCAUUUUCUACCAGCGGAUGCGCAAGGAGAAUCUGCUGACCCCAGAUGAGCUCUGGCUUGUCUUCCCCAAUCUCCCAGAGCUCAUUGAGAUCCACAACUCCCUGGCAGAGUCGAUGAAGCGACUGAGAGAAGAAGGACCGGUCAUCAAAGAGAUUGGAGACCUCAUGCUAUUGCGGUUUGAUGGAGCAGCAGGAGAAGAAGUCCGGAUGGAAGCAGCCAAGUUCUGCUCUUACCAGAUAUCUGCCCUUGAACUGAUCAAAGCCAAAAAGAGGAAAGAGACGCGGUUUAGUCUCUUCAUGCAGGAAGCUGAAAGCAACCCCCAGUGCCGGCGACUGCAGUUGAAAGACCUUAUUGUGUCUGAGAUGCAACGGCUGACCAAGUACCCCCUGCUGCUGGAAAAUGUCCUCAAACACACGGAAUCUGGGACUCAGGAACACGAAAAGCUAUACCGCUGCCGCGAUCGGUGUCGAGAUAUUCUGAAGUUUGUCAACGAGUCGGUCAAACAGGCAGAGAAUGAGCACCGACUGGCAGAGUAUCAGAAGCGACUGGACGCGAGCCACUUAGAGCGGUCCAAUAAUCCUCUUGCUGCAGAGUUUAAGAACUUAGACCUGACCACAAGGCGAAUGAUACACGAGGGGCCUCUCACCUGGAGGGUAAGAGACAAGACCAUAGACUUGCACGUUCUCCUGCUGGAAGAUCUCCUUGUCUUGCUGCAGAAGCAGGACGAGAAGCUGGUGCUCAAAUGCCAUAGCAAGACCACCACGGACACCAAACAAACCUUUAGUCCGGUCAUCAAGCUGAACUCUGUCCUUGUUCGAUCAGUGGCUACAGAUAAAAAAGCCCUGUUUAUUAUCUGCACUUCAGACCUAGGACCUCAAAUCUACGAACUGGUGGCACUGACAUCCUCGGAGAAAAACACGUGGAUGGACUUAUUGGAAGAAGCAACCAAUGGUGCCAUGAGGAAUCCUCCCGGUGCCACCAAACGGAAAUCCCAGGACAUCAAUAGACCGACCUCUGCCAGCAUGGUCCUACAGAGAGCCCACAUGCCCAAACUCACUGCAGAAGGAGUUCUAAGGCAUAACAGUGAAGACCCCCAAUCAGGUGACGAGGGCGCUGGGGAAUUCUUGGGUCAAAAGCCAGAUGUCGUCCUAGAGGAACCAGAGCGGGAGGAUGAUGAAGAUGAUGAAGCUCGGACACCUACCCUGCUGCCUAUCCCAUCCAAAGAAGAGGAUGCUGGAGGUGGGACACGGGGGUUAGAUUCUUCCAACCACAUUCCCUACCAUUGGCCUGAGGUGACUGAAGGGCUGGCUGAGUCUGCACUGGAUGAUGUUCAUAACCUCCGCCGGUUGAUACUGAAGAACAUGCUUCACCACGGCCAUUCAGAGUACGACUCUUCCUCUGCACCUGUGGCUGAGCCCGAAGAUGACCUCACGCCUACGCCCUCCGUCAUCGGGGGACACGGGCACCCAUGGGACACUAUGACAGAUGCAGUAUUAGAAAAUUUAGAUGCAGAUCAGACUACUGAAGAAAAGGAGACCUCGGUUAGCCGCUCCGAGAGCAGCAGGUCUGUUUUGAACUUUCCUCAUGGAGAGAGACCAGGUUCCCGAGAUGGGGAAGAGACUGCUUGGAGUUUGGUUGAACGCUACCCACAAAGCAGUUCUGUUCAGCAGAAUCAAUCAGAGCAGCUGCACAGUGAGGACCAUAAUAACCGAAGCUACAGAGUCGUUAGAAAAGCUGAGGUGGUGGGAAAUUAUGAUGUCAUAUCGUUGCCAGACAGCAGCCAAUCACAGAGUGUGUUGCAGGAAGCUGGCGGUGGAGCUAUUGUAGAUGGAAAUUUCUUUUAUGUCACUGCGUCGGCGACUUCUACAAAGGAAGACCCCGAAGUGUCAGAAUCCCUAACAAACUCUGACCGACUAUCGAGCCCGUCUUUCUUGGAAUCUCGGGAAUCGAACCACACGCCAACUUACCAGUCAGAAUUUUCCACCCCACCGCCGAGGAGUACAGAAAGUGAUCCACUUCUAUCGGAUCUACUGCCCCCAAAACUUGUCAUUCAGGAUGUAGAUAUUAUCUUCAGGACGAUAGAACAUCUGACGGCCAAACUCCACAGGUUAAAGGAAGUAGAGUCGGCCCACCAGGAGCUGCUGCGAUCUUUGGGAAGGAGUGCCACGGAAGACCAUUUCCAUGAGAGAGAGCACACAGCCGAGAAGGAUAAGCAAGCGCAGGAGCAUCAGGGGGCCAGUCUGAACAGCGCCUCUCUUUUCUUUGUGAAGAACAGCAUAUCUGUCUCGCUCCAUCGAGAUGGCAAUACAGACCCGCAGGAAGAUGCUAUAAAAUUGGCCAUGGGAAUCUAAGGAAGCCAAUUGCGGCCCUAGCGCUACUGUGGCGCAUUAACAACUGCUGUUUAGCCCCAUUGGCCCCGGCUGUUCCCCCGGGAGUGCAGCCCAGCAGGGUCCGGAUAUCACAGCCAAAUCGACAGUGCAAGGAAACGCAAAAUGAACUCUUGGGGUUACAAAAAAAUAAAAUAAAAACUGGAAUUGUUAUUUUUGAAAAAAAAAAAAGGAAGAAAAAAAAGAAAAAGCAUGUUAGCUUAAUAAAUUAUAUAUAUAUAUCUAUAUAUAUGUAUAGUUCUAUAACUAUUUAAAGAAAAAAAAAUGCAUACCUUAUUGUCCCCUCCCCCCCUCCAUACACGCAUGCUGUUGCUGUGGACUUGCCCUGAUGAUGAUGAUGAUGAUGGCCGAGGCAGAAGCGAGGGAAGCGACGUCUCAUUGGACAGUUCCGAAUAUGGGGAGAUGCCCUGUCUUUCUUUUCUGCAGCCCCUGCACUGUGGGAAGUCUGUCCUGUAACAAAUGCACUAAUACCCCAUGAUGAGAGAAGCCCGCGUAUCUGCACAAAGGGGGCUGCCUCUUUUUUUUUUUUCUUUUGUAUAAAUAUGUAUGUAUGUGCAUUUAUUGUUUUAUUUUGUAAAUAGGUUUUUCUCCCCCCUGCCCCCUUUCUUCCAACUUGUAAUAAAAGAGGCUUUUUACCACU